CGGGAGGCACAGAGGAACGGAUACAUUCCCAUUGAGGGACCCGGGACGGAGAGCAUGAAGGCCAUUCAAGCUGUGAGCUUCGUCCAGGAGCAGGGCACAAGCAGGUCACCAACGAGCAAAUCUCCCACUGCAAACAAACCCCUCCCGAAGGGAAGCGAAGCUGCAAAGCGGAAGCCGAAGCGCAGCGUAUCAGUGGUGAAGAGCGCUCCAUGGCAGAGCUGACCUUGCAAUGGAAUGCUCCCCCUUUUCCUUUUUCAGGUCGUCCCUCCUCUGGCAGAGUCGCCCCUUCCUGCCAUCCCAGCUCCCAGGGCACCUUUCCAACGCGCACCUCGACGAAGAGAAACAUUCUCCGAGGGCCCCGACGGGCGCCUAUCCCCGAAAGGCAUCAUCAGUCCGCCUGCAAUCGCCUCUCCUCGCCUCCACCUUUCAGGUGGGCCAGGCGAUAUCGCCCCGCGGGCUGGGAGGGAAAGUGACCCGAUCGCACGGCGGCUGUCGGCUUCGAGGGAGCGCCGCGUGACGGAAGGGAGGGGUGAGAGGGCGGUGACGUCGCCGCCGGCGGACAGACAAGGACAGGUGCAUGGAUGGAUUGGGGAAAGCGCAGCCGCAGUGCUGGAUGUAUGCACGAAUGUGUCUGGCGGCAGGAGAUGGCCCUCGAGUAUCGGAGUCAGCGUCCGUCGAGCCGCACAACGCCUGGAGUCACGCCUUCCCACAUGGAUGAGGCAGAGGCGAGGAGAAAAGUGUCGGUCUUCGGGGUACGAAGAGACACGCAAGCAUCAUGGGGAGGAGAGAAGCUGACAAGGAAUUCAUCUCAACUGUUGCCUGCAGGCCCUCCGGACGAUGCUGAACCAGAUUCCCACAGCAAUGGUCAUCGACCGAAGGCAAAGUGGGCGAACCAGCGUCGCCACCCUGGCCUACAGCCAGUCGAUGGCUGUCGGCGGAUCGAUUGACACCAGCCCUGGUGAGACACGACUCUCUCGUCGCGUCACUUGCUGACACAGACUGGUGGUUGACAGUUGGGACAGAGGACCUGCCGAGCCGGAAGCCGUCUGACUUUCGCGGGGGCCCAGCCAGAGGGAGGUACUCCCUUGUGCCCGAGGGGAUGACACCGGAAGGGUUCGCCAGUACGAGGCUGGGAAGGAGGCUGGGCAUGCUGCACGACUUGGUGGACUCUCUGGAGAAGGAGCUUGAAGAGAAGGUAUGUCACGUCACAGCAACACUCGGAUGGAAUGAUCGCAUCAGGCAUCACUCUGCGUGUGUGCAGGAGACUGCCUUGAGACGCAUGACCGAGCGCUUCCAGCGGGCCAGUACGCUCAACCUUAGCCGAAGGCAAAGCGAGGAACUAUCCAGGGUACUUAGUUGCUCGCAUCCAGAAACAUACACCUACGAUCAAAGACGUGUCUCUCUGACUGUGGCGCCAAUGCUCUCCUGUUUGCAGCCGCGGCACGGCCGCACGCAGCCCACAGCGGAUGAGUAUGACGAGUUGGUGGAGGAUGUCAACGACAUGAGGGAGCAGCUGGAGGCCGCCAAGUCAGACAGAGACAGACACGUUGACAACGUACGUACGCAUCGGAGAGGCAGACAAGAAGAAAUACACACACGGCAAGGCAACGUUUGUGUGUCGUGUGUGUCAGCUCAAGGCGCUGACGGUGCAGAACAAUCACUUGCAAGUCCUCCUGGAGGAGGCUGAGAUGAGGGCGAAUGCGGCCGAGAGCGAACGACACACUGCGAGGAGAGAAAUGCAUGUACGCGAGCAGCUCGCAACUCGCCAUGUCACGACACAACUCCGCCCUGUGUCGAUAUCUGCAGGCCCUCAGGGAAGAGAUCGAUCGGCUGCAGGUCACGCGCCAUCGAAGCAAACGCAUGCGGCCGGCCGGCCACUUUCUCUCUCUCUUUCUUUCUUUCUUUCUUUCUUUCUUCAGACGGCCUUGAGAGAUGAGCGCUUGAGUCUGUCCGAGGCUUCACCCGCUGCCGAGCGAAGUCACGAGCAGCAGCCGCCGUCUCCAUCGUAGCCACCUCGCUCCCUUUAGCAAAAACGAGCUGCUACUCUCCUCUCUGUGUGUCUGGCGCAGCUUUGGGGAAAUGCAGCGCUUGCAGAGUCUAGUGCUCGACCUCGAAUCACGUUCCGACUUCCUCAUCAAAGAGAACGAGCAGCUCUCGUCUGAGCGGGACGAGCUCAAGGCGCUCCUGUCAUCCAUCCAGGCCCAGCAGAAAAUGCGACGACCGCCCACCAUGGAGCCCCUCUCACUCGCCGAGCGGCCGCCGCCCGAGCCCAAGGCUCCUGAAGUGGGUAUGCCGCCGACCCCGGGGUCUCUCAGCGCAGAGCUGCAGGCGACAAUGGAGCUGUCGCGACAGGAUGAGGAGCCGGUCGAGGGCAUCCCCGAGAGUUGGCAGCUCAUGUCUGGCCCGCAGAGGGCAGCGGGUGAGGUCGAGGCAGAGGAGAGCGAGAGCGAUCGAGAGGUGAGGGAUGCGCUGCGGGAGGGGCAACGGGUGGAUUGGAGGGGGCGCGCAAAGGCACUGACGAAGGAGAACGCCGCGCUGAAGCGGCGGCUCCAGAUGGCACAGAAGGAGCUGGAGGUGGGUAACACCGCGACAAGAGACAAAGUCCAACAGUGCAAUAUAUGGCUCGAUGGCUCCCCCUUUGUGUCUUGUUCUUGCUACAGUCGGUAUCAGCUGCGUCUCCCGCAUUCGUGACCCCAGUCCAAUCGCCCCUCGCGGAGGCCUUCCUCCGCCCCCCCGUCUUGGUGUCCCCCGUGCACCCCGGCGGCCGACUCAGCCCGCUCCUCGAAGGCUCUGAGCGGUCCACUCCUUCAGGCCCCUCACCACACGACCUCAUCUCGACACCGAUGCCCUCACCCCAGAGGGUGCCGCAGCGGUCGCUCGGGGGCCUCACCAUCGACACCACGCAGCAGCCUGAGGGGGACCGUGAGUCCAUCAUAUCGAUGAUUUCCCCGCUGAGAGACACCCCCAUGGAGCCCUUCACCUUCUCGAUGACGAGGCCCCAGCCAGCGGCUGCAGCAGCGGCCGCAGCAGCUAAUCACGGGUUUUCCGCUUCUGGUGUGUCGGUGCUCACCGGCCUGUCAGCUGUCACGGCUGAGAUCGAGCAGUCUGUCGAGGAGGACCUCAUUGCGGCCCUUAGGCGCAUCAACGAAAGGCAGAACCGACCCACAGACAUCGAGGGUCUGAGAAGCAUCUUCCAACAGCUAAGAGAGCAGCCCCAGCAGAUGGCCGAUGCCGCUGGGCCGGCGAUGGCCGAAGGUGCAGAGGAUGACCAGCGGUCGAUAGAGGCGCUAGAGAGGGAGCUGAGUCUGUUGAAGCAGCAGCUGGAGACAUACAUAGAGCUGGCCAACCAAAUGAGGGCCGGGCAGCAGGCUGCUGCCAGGCCAGAGAGGGAGGAACCGCAGUGGCGUUGGGCGCCGCCACCUGUUGAAGAACGGUAGACAGACAAGAAGGAAGGAAACCUUGCACUGAACGCGACAUGCCCACUCUUUGUGUCUCUGUGCAUGCGCUGCUGUUCUUCCUUUCAGCGAUUGGUAUCCGGUGCAGGUCCCGCCUCCCGUGACACGAGUCUUCUACCCCCCGCCUCCGCCCCAACCAUUCCUCAUCCGACCCGCCCCACCACCACAAGUUCCUCCCCUUAUAGCCCGGCCAGCAGUCGUCCGUGCCCCCCCAUCAUUCCCCCCGACCGUCUCGGUGCCCUCGUCAGCCUCGUCAGAGGAGGAGGAGGAGGAGAGGGCACAGCGGGACAAGACGCCCAGCUGCUGUGGUAUGGCGUUGCCGUGUGUGUCUGCGAGGGAGGGGGGUGGGGUCGGUUAUGGAGGGGUGCGGCGGGCUGUGACGGCCCCUCGUUGACUGACUGAUUGGUUGACUGACUGAGAGGAAGAAA